GGGACGCGCUGGUGCCCGCCCCACGCCGCAGCAAGCUGCGCACCUUCCACUGGACGGUGAUCCCGGCGGAGCGGGUCCGUGGGCGCCCCAGCGUGUGGACGGCCAGCAGCCGGCAUGACCGCACCCCCCUGGACGUGGAGCACCUGGAGGAGCUCUUUGGGGAGCAGCCGGGCUGGGGCCCACGGGGGCCCUUGUUGCUGGGCCGGCCCCAAGGCCAGGUCUCUCUCCUGGACUCAAAGAAGAUCCUGAAUCUGGAGAUAUUUUUGAAGCAGUUUAAGAGGCCUGUGCAGCAGAUCGUGGCCGAUCUCCGGGCGGGCGCCGGUGCCCUGUACGGGGCUGAGAAGCUGCUGGAGCUGUGCAAGAUGCUGCCCGACGCGGACGAGCAGGUCAAAAAACUGAGGGCGUUCCAGGGCCCCUGGCGCCAGCUCUCGGACGCCGAGACCUUCUCGCUGCUGCUUGUGGGGGUUCCCAGCUACGCCCGGCGCCUGGAGUUGCUGGUCCUGAAGGAGGAGUUUUUCCCCCAGCUCAACUCGCUGAAAUCCUCCCUCCAGAUCCUGACCCAGGCGGCUUGGGAGCUGCUGGGCUGCGAGGAACUGCACGUCGUCAUCCGCCUGGUCCUGAGAGCCGGCAACUACAUGAACACG